AUGGACUUCAUCCAGCGCAUUGCCAGUUUUCUGGACAGGCCAUUAUUCCCCUGGAAAUCCAUCAUCACUACUUUCUACAUCGGCCACUAUCUCUUCGACACCUACCUGACCUCCCGCCAGUAUCGCGUGCUCCAGCGCAAAGCUCCCCCCGCAGUCGUCGCCAAAGAAAUCACCCCCGAGAACUUCGAGAAGUCCAGCGCCUAUGGCCGCGCCAAGGCCAAGUUCAGCGUCAUCGAUGGCGCCCUCGACCUGGUCCAGAAUCUCGCAAUGAUACAGUUCGACGUCUUCCCCAAGCUUUGGUCCUUGACUGGCGAUUUGCUUCUUAAAUGGGCUCCCGGGCGCUUCACGGGCGAGAUCAGCCACUCUAUUGUCUUCCUCUUGAGCAUUCUCUUCUUCCAGCAGAUCCUGAACAUCCCCUCCCAGCUCUACUACCACUUUGUCGUCGAGGAGAAGUUCGGGUUCAACAAGCAGACCAUUGGCCUCUUCUUUACCGAUCUCGUCAAGACCAACCUUAUCACCGUUGUCCUCCUGCCCCCCAUUACCGCCGCUUUCCUCGCCAUUAUCCAGUGGACCGGUAACCAAUUCUUCUUCUGGCUGUUCCUCUUCACCGGUUUCCUCCAGAUCUUCAUGCUCGCCGCCUACCCCACCUUCAUCGUCCCCAUGUUCAACAAGCUCACCCCUCUUCCCGACGGCGAGCUCAAGACCGGGGUCGAGAACCUUGCCGCCAGUAUUAAGUACCCUCUGUCCGACCUCUACAUCAUCGAUGGAAGCAAGCGCAGCAGCCACUCCAACGCCUAUCUUGCUGGCCUGCCAUGGAAGAAGCACAUUGCCCUCUUUGACACUUUGGUUGACGACUGCACCGACAAGGAAAUUCUUGCUGUUCUUGGACAUGAACUCGGCCACUGGCAGCUUGGUCACACCACCAAGACCCUCUGCGUUUCUCAGGCUCACAUGCUCUACAUUUUCUCUCUCUUCACCUUGUUCGUUGACAAUGCCUCUCUGUUCUCCUCCUUUGGCUUCCACGCCGAACGUCCCAUCAUCAUCGGUUUCCUCCUCUUCAACGACGCCCUCGCCCCCUUGGACAUGCUUGUCAAACUCGGCAUGAACUGGGUCAUCCGCACCCACGAGUUCCAGGCUGAUCAGUUUGCCUGCAAGCUUGGCUACCGCGACGAGAUGGCCCGCGCUCUCCUCAAGACUCACAUCAAGAACCUCAGCUCUUGCGAUGCUGACCCCGUCUAUGCUACUUACCACUAUACUCACCCCCACCUGACUGAGCGCCUCCGAGCCCUGGGCUGGAAGGGAACUGAAAUGGUCAAGGGCGGUGGCUUAGACCUCAACGAGAAGGAGAAGAAGGAAGAGGCUGAAGUCAAGGCCAGCGGCAAGGACGAGUUGUAA